AAUGACGGGAAUGCCUUUAAAAGCAGCUAUUGUGGUUGUUUCGGAUACCGCUUCGGUAGCUCCCUUGUCGGACAAAGUAGGGGGAGUCUUAACGGACGUAUUUUCAGCAGAGGGCCCCAAUAACUGGGAGCAACCCGUCACCCAGAUCGUCCCCGAUGAUGUGCUUCAAAUCCAACGGGCAGUGUGCGGGUUGGCAGAUGGACCUGACCCGGUGAAUCUUAUCCUCCUCAGUGGGGGUACUGGGUUUGCUGUAAAGGACAAUACCCCGGAGGCAGUGUCACCUUUGCUCCAUCGCCAGGCCCCUGGUCUUGUGCACGGUAUGAUUGCCGCUUCUUUAAAGAUCACUCCUUUCGCCAUGAUGUCGAGACCAGUGGCUGGUGUCCGCAAUAAAUCCUUGGUCAUUACGUUGCCAGGGUCUCCCAAAGGUGCCAAAGAAAACCUCGAGGCAGUCAUUAAGCUUUUGCCUCAUGCCUGUAUUCAAGCAGCCGGGGCAGACUCCAGAGCACUUCACGCCGGCGGUGUUAGGAAGCUGGAGGCUGAAGCAGGUGUGGCCUCAGAUACCAACUCUGAAACCCAGUCGAGCCAUCAUCAUCACCAUCACCAUCACGACCAUUUCCGUGGCCAUGGCCACGUUGUCCCGAGACCUCACACCACUCCGUCUGAAAUACCAAGGUCCAAUGACCCUAGUGCAGGGGCCAAUCGACGACAUCGAGAAUCGCCGUAUCCGAUGAUUUCUGUGGACGAAGCACUAAAACUAAUUUCAUCGCAGACCCCAGAACCAGAAAUAGUUGAGGUCCCCGUGACUACCGCGCUGGUAGGAUCCGUCAUUGCGGAAGACGUCCAUGCCGCGGAGGCUGUGCCGGCCUACCUAGCUAGUAUUGUCGACGGCUAUGCCGUCAUCGCACCUGAAUCUCCAACAGCUGGUCCGAGUACUAAAGGAGUUUUCCCUGUGGCUUCGAUCACCCAUGCCAAUGAAGAAGGGGCUCUGGCGCCACUUGAGCCGGGCACAAUUGCGCGAAUCACCACUGGAGCUCCUCUACCUCCAAAUUCAAAUGCAGUGGUCAUGGUUGAGGACACACUGUUGGCCUCUUCAACCCCCGAUGGCAAAGAAGAAGCAACUGUAGAAAUCUUGACGGGGGAUAUCCGGCCAAAUGAAAAUGUACGCAAACCGGGUAGUGACGUUGCGCUCGGGUCCAGAAUCCUUCAACGAGGGGAUCUAAUAACUUCUGUUGGAGGUGAGAUUGGUCUCCUCGCGGCAACAGGGACAAGGACGGUCAAAAUCUUCAAGAAGCCGACUGUGGGAGUCCUCAGCACGGGAGAUGAACUUGUUGAAUAUAACGAUCCAAAAACUCUCCAGGGGGGCCAGAUACGGGAUUCGAACCGACCGUCUCUCUUGUCCUGCUUGGAAUCCUGGGGGUUUCCAACCGUCGAUUUGGGCAUUGCUCGGGACACCCCCGUAGGGGAGCUUGAGCAGAGUCUCCGAGACGCUCUUCGCGGGGUAGGAAGAGCCAAUACUAGUGUGGAUGUGAUUAUCACCACGGGUGGAGUAUCUAUGGGGGAGCUUGACCUACUCAAACCUACUAUCGAGCGAUCCCUUGGUGGAACCAUCCAUUUCGGCCGUGUCUCCAUGAAACCAGGCAAGCCAACAACGUUUGCCACCAUCCCCUUUAAAUCCGCAUCCUCCACGCAGGAGGGACAGCAGGAACGAAAUUCCCGAUUGAUCUUCUCUCUCCCGGGCAACCCAGCCUCAGCCCUGGUGACACUGAAUCUCUUCGUGCUGCCGUCACUGCACAAGCUCAUGGGUCUUGGCCAGAAGCAACUUGGGCUCGGACUCAGCCCUAGUUUCGGGUUGCCUCUCGUGGCAGUCUCUUUGGCUCAUCCAUUUCCGGUUGACCCUCAGCGCACCGAAUACCACAGGGCCAUAGUGACGGCGUCACGAAAAGAUGGUCGACUUUACGCUUCAAGCACCGGUAUUGAAGGGGUUGGCCAGCGAAGCUCACGAGUUGGAAGUCUCGCAAGUGCCAAUGCACUAUUGGUGCUACGACCAGGAAAGGGGGCGGUUGCACAGGGAACCUUGGUUGAAGCUUUGAUGAUGGGUCUUGUUGUGCAAGAAUUAACAUGAUAUAUAUAUAUAUAUAUUCUCUCACACUUCUAUCUCUCUUACCAGGAUAAUCAACUGCCUUCCUCCGAUAUCACCACUUAGACCCAAAAGUAAACAAACGAAAGAAAUAAUACCCUACCUUCUAUCCUAAACUAUACUACCAAUAUCAAUAAUGUAUUUCGCACAUGGCAUACAGUGAAUUUAAUACAGGAAACUUGUACAACGUAAUGAACCCCCGGGAUAUCCUCCCAUAUCCCUCCAUCUCUACACUGAUAAAUGAACAUCCAAACAAUGGCUCUCC